AUGGUCUUUACGCACGGGGUUUCAACCCAUUAUGAGCAUUUAAUGCUCAGCACGAAGAACGAAGCGGCGAACGAACGCCUCAGCAGACCAAGGGACACGCGCACAAGAAACGCGCCUCUCCCACGGUCAGCCGACUCGGCGACAACACACGAACAAGGACAUCACGCACCACCGAUCGCCUUACGGCCAUCACUGGCGCGUCGGGGGCACUGUUACGGCCCUGGAUUCCCGCGGGUCAACCCGAACCGAACUCCACCUGGCCCGACUACACGCCUCUCAACCGACCCGGACACGCGUCCCGUACGGCUCUCUCGCAGCUAUGGGACAGCGUCCUUGGGAGUAUGGGCCUGCCCUCCAGAGGGGCCCAAUACUGACGUGUAUAUAAGAACUUAUGAUUCAGGUUCAGCACAUGGAUAUCCCUGGUUCAAAGGGAUAAGUAGCGAGCCAAGGGGCAUGCUCCUCUACACUCUUGUGCGCAAUUGUGCUAAAUACAUUGAAUGUGGCAACAUCUCAGAUGCAGAUUCAGGAUUAGCAAAAAUUUCUCACCUUGCUUCCUCAGAAGGUGAUCCAUUUCAAAGGCUAGCAACUUAUUUCAGUGAGGCACUUACCUGCCAACUUGUGAAUAGAUCAUACCUCCAUGGUGCCCAUCACAUUCUAUCAAAACCACUCUCAACUUUUGAAGACUCUUUUGUUAAGGGUUUAUUCUUUGAACUCUAUCCAUUCCAAAGGGUAUCUUAUGCGGUUACAAAUCAGGCCAUUAUUGAAGCCAUGACAGGGCUUCAAGGUAUUCAUAUACUUGAUCUUAGUGCACCCCAUGAUGCUACCCAAUGGGUCCUCUUUAUGCAGAGUUUGAAAGAGCGUUGUAGUUCUUCUUCUUCAUCAUCAACUAGACCACAACAACGACCAUAUUUGAAGAUCACUUGUGUGCAUACAAAUCAGGAGGUGUUAGCCCAAAUCAAGUUGCGGUUGACAUUGGAGGCCGACAAGUUUAUCCAAUUAGUGAGUACUUUAGAAAAUUUAAACCUAGAUGAUUUGCCUAUACUUAACGGAGAGCCCGUUGCGAUCAGUAUUGUUCUUCAAUUGCACCGCCUUUUAAGCACGGAUGAUCCACCUGUUCCAGCUGUAGUAUCCAACCAAUUCUUCCAUCAACAAAAUUUUGCAGAUGUGAUUGCCAAAGACAGUUAUAAUAAUAACAAUCACAAUGUCAUAAUUAAUCAAAGUCCUAAUUCGGCAUUGGCACUAGCAACUCAUCAUCGUUUAACUCAAAGCCCAGUGCCUAAGAUGGAGUGUUUUCUGCACGGCCUCUGGAAGCUCCAGCCCAAAGUCAUGGUCAUCAUGGAACAAGAAUCAAACGUCAACGGACAAUCCUUAACGGAUCGGGUUGACAAAGCCUUGUAUUUCUACGCUGCGUUGUUUGAUUGCUUGGUAACGGCGCCGUCAGUGAAGAAGAUCUUGGUUGAGAGAGCGAUGUUGGGAGAGCAAAUAAAGAAUAUAAUUGCGUGUGAGGGAGCUGAGAGAAAAGAAAGGUAUGAGUCGCUUAAGGCAUGGAUCUCAAGGCUUGAACUUGCUGGGUUUUGCGGUGAAGCUAUUAGCUUGGAGGGGAUGUUAAGAGGGUUAACUGAAUUGCAGAAUUUUGCACGUGGCUAUAAGAUUAUUAGAGACGAAAAGUUUUUGUUUCUGUGUUGGAAUAAUAAUCCACUCUUUUCUUUAUCAGCCUGGAGAUACUUGUGA